CGGAGCCAGCCACGACCGUUACCGCGCUUCCUCAUGAGCACGUUGACUAGGUAUCGGUUGCCAGCUCUCCUCGGAGGGUGUGGUUCUGGAGAGAGAUAUCUCCUGGAUUAUAGGAAGCCUGCUCCUCGAUGGGUCACUUUAUUGUGGCGAUGGGGUGGAGGUGUCCGAGAAGGGAGGACAAAUUUAUCAUGGAAAAAAGCCCUUGCCGUUCUUUGGGGAAUUUACACGACGACCCAUUCAAUGACGCUGGCGAUAUCUGCCACAAAGGAUCUGCCAUGGCGGUGAAAAUUACGCCGCGUUACGUUGCUGCAUUCAGGCAGGAGAACGGAUACAGGCGAUGCCAGUGAUGCUAUAACGACGCAGCGCAGCGUCAAGCUGUGCAAGUCUACUCUAGCAGAUCGCG